AUGAUACCACCCCACCAAAUCAUAAUGGAUGAGCCUCCACCCCCAUAUUCUGCCUCACCACCAACCAGCGGAGUACGCAUAUCCCCGCGACUAUCUCCACGAUUACCUUCUCUCAAAACAUCGAGACCAAACUCAUCAUGUGGUCCACAGAAUCAGGCCAAAAUUAAGCAUUUACCUGUCCAUCUACCAAAUCAACCUGUCCAUCGAUUUCCCAAGGAAUUUGGGUUUUAUCGUGCUGCUGGAUCUGCUUCUGAUUUUAUCAUUUCCUAUCAUGCCGAUGACCCACACAUUCUUUUCUACAUUUCUAUACAUGCUGGCACUAGCAAGCAGCCAAGUGUCGUUCUACAUGCUUUACCUCAUGCGUCAGCCCCGUAUCUAGCUACGGCUAAUCUUCACGUUUUCUCGGAAACCGCAGCCAUUAAUAUAUAUGAUAGCCCAACUUCGGUUAUCAAGGCACAAAGUGCUGAGACCUCGGACUCUAGCAUGGUUUUUAUCGUGCAACUUCCGGGAAGCGGAUCAAAAGUACAGUUUGCAUGGCGUCAAAAUCAAGAACGAGAUUUAAUAUCGCUCGAUAGCCGCAACAAUGGAUUAAAACUUGUAAACUGUGAUACUGGAGAAAUAGUUGCAACCUGGACACGACCAAGCUUUAGCACCAAGAAGUUAGGCAAGAUGAACUUCCUCGUCGAAGAUAGAAGUAGACUGGGCGAGAGGUUCGAGCUGAUGGCAGUAAUCACCAUCUUAUCCAUUAUGGAACGAGAACGACGGAAACGAAUUAAUUCAGUAUAG